UNAGUCGCGACCGCCCGGCCCAACCGCGUCCUGCUGGGCUGUUUCCUCCUGCACUACGCGCACAGGGCACUCAUCUUUCCUCUUCUGAUCCGUGAAGGAAAACCAACACCAUUUUUCACUUUUGUUUUAGCGCUUCUGUUCUGUGCUUUCAAUGGAUACUUGCAGGGCCGAAGCUUAACCACCUAUGCAAUUUACCCUGCUGGCUGGCUGGGUGAUUCACGCUUCAUUACAGGUUUUUUAGGGUGGUUGAUUGGCAUGGCCAUCAAUAUUCAUUCUGAUCAUAUUCUCAGAAAUCUGAGAAAACCAGGGGAAACUGGCUACAAGAUACCAAGAGGAGGAAUGUUUGAGUAUGUCAGUGGAGCCAACUUUUUUGGAGAGAUCCUGGAAUGGUUUGGGUUUGCCCUUGCCUGCUACACCAUUGAAAGCCUUGCAUUUGCGUUGUGUACUCUCUUCAUCCUGGGUUCAAGAGCAAGACAACACCACAAAUGGUAUCUUGAGAAAUUUGAAGACUAUCCAAAGGACAGAAAAAUUGUCAUCCCAUUUUUGUACUGAGCUGUGCUUUUAACACUUUGAGAGGGAUGGCUUUUAGUAACAACCAACAUUUUACCAAUACUGACAGGCUAGUAACACACUCAGAUCAUCACUAUGACAAAGCCUUUCUAUCACUGCUACUAUUACUUACUGCUUUUUCCUCUUAAUGGUAACCCGGAAAUCUGAUGAAUAGGGUGAAUAGGAACAGAAGUGCUUUUCCAGCAAUGAAACACCUUUAAAAAUACAUUAGGCAAUGAGUCUGAAUUUGUAUUGUGGGAAGCAUUGUGCACAACUUGUGAUACUUCUUUUUCUGCCUCUGAGGGCUUCUGCUGUUUCCACUCAAUGUAGCCAAGAUGAACUGAGGACUGUGCUGUGAGCUCAGCCACCCUCUGCAGUCUGCAUCCAGACUGCAGCCUUGAUGGUGUGUUCUGUCUACAUAUACAAAUAGGGUUAAUUUUAUUUUUUUUCCCUGCCUUACUAAUCCUUUCAUUUCCCCCACCUGCAUCUCCAGAAGAGCUAGUGAUUUAGACCAAGGAAUUAGAUGAAUACAGAUGCUUUUAGCUGAGAGGCAGUGUUUUCCCUUCUCUUUGCACUCUUACAAAUAUAGGGACACUGUAUAGACAAUAUUUAAUGAUAUUUACAUAAAAGUUGUACUGCUACUAGAUUAAUAUUGUCAUCUACCUCUUAAAAUUUAUAGCAAUCUCAAGAUGCAGUAUGUGUCUUCUUACUCUAAGCUGGUUUUGGAAGUCUACUUAAGACACUUAGGCCAAUCUAGCAUUGUUAACAAUUGUGUAAUGUUUUCUACCUUACCUUAUAAAAAACCCUUGAGAUUUAAAAUUUUUUUUUAACUAUGCUGUUUUAAAAAAAUGAAGUGUCUUCCUUCAUCUGUGCUAACAUUCUAGAUGAUUUUAUAUUCUAAUAUUCUGGAGCCUUGUGUCAGUUCUCAUACCCUAUCUUUUACUCACAAAGGACUCCGGAGUGGUUUCAAGAACAUGAUGGGAUCCCAAGCGUACAUAUUUUCAAGUUAACGGUGUUUUUUGCAUGAUUGUAAUAAUAAAGAAUCUUUUAGAAUUACUGACACCAAAAAAAAAACCUGAAACAACUCAAGGAAAAACUAAAAGAAAAAAAUCCAAUGAAGCCCCCAAGUCAACAACCAAAUUCCAAUAAUUAAAAGAAUUAAAAAAACAAACAAAUGUACACUAAAAAAGCUUUCCACAAAACCCCAAAUCUCUGCUGCUAAUAUAAUAUGAAAACAAAUGGAAUUCAAACUUUUGCCAAGUGUCAUCUACUCUGUUUUUGUACUAUUAUGUUGGGUUGUGUUCUUCAAAACAAAUUAGUAACAUAAUUUUGCCAGAUGCUAAGAAAGUAAGCUUUCUUUUUACUUUUUUGCAGUAAGAUUUGUUUUGAUGAACAGUCAUGAUGCUCGCUAGAGAGAGAGGAUGGUGAAGAGUGUGAUUUACUCCUCAAUGCUAAAAUGGAUAAAAGCUCAAUAGGAUCACUUAAAACAUAUUCUGAAGAUAAUUUUAGAAUCUUAGUCUUAAAUAUCAGGAUAUUUCCAAAUCCUGACAUUUCUGCAGCAUUUUUUAAAAUCUUCCUUUCUAAAUGUACCUAUCAAAAUCUCUUUCAAUAGAAAAAAAUAUAUGAUUCGAAAACCACUAUCUACCCAAGGUGUUUAAGCACUUAUAUAGUUUAUGGUGAAUUAAUAUCUUUUUUGGGUUUGUGUGGCCAGAUUUUGGUGGUGGGGUCUACAGGGGUGGCUUCUGUAAGAAGCUGCUAGAAGCUUCUGCCAUGUCUGGCCAAUGCCAGAUUGUCCCAGGGCCAUCCUCCCCCUGACCAAGGCUGAGCCCAUCAGGAAGGACAGUGAUGUCUUUGUAAUAACAUAUUUAAAGAACAAAAAAAAGAUGUGGGCAGAGCAAUAUCUAUGCAGACAAGUUGAGGAGUGGGAGGAAGUGCUUCCAGUGCUGGAGCUGAGAUUUCCAUGCUGGAGCUGUGCCCCUGCAGCCCAUGAAAGACCAUAGGGAUGCAGAGAUCCACCUGCAGCCUGUGGAGGAUCCUCGUGCUGGAGCAGGUGCUGCCUGAGAUGAGGCUGUGAACCCAUGGAAAGCCUGUGCUGGAGCAGGGUUGUGACAAGGGUUUUUGGAGAGAGGAGCCCAUGCUAGGGCAGGUUUCAUUGUGACCCUGUGGGGGACCCAUACUGGAGCAGGCUGUGGCUGAAUGGCUGUACCCUGUGGAAGAGCAAUCCUUGUCGGAGAAGUUAUGAGAAACUGUUGCCCACAGGACGGACUCAGAUUGGAGAAGUUCAUAGAGAACUGUCACCCAUGGGAGGAAGCCCAUAUUGGAGCAGGGGAAGGCCUCCUCUGCUUGAGUAGCAGGAGAAACCACAGGUGAUAAACUGAACAUAGCCCCCAUUCCCUGUCUCCCUGAACUGCCCUGUGGGAGGAGGUAGAGUUUGGAGGUGGAGGGAGGGUGUUUUUAAGAUGUCUUUUACUUUUCAUUAUCCUGAUCUGAUUUAGUUCUCGUUUAAUAGGACUACUAUAAUUCAGUAAUAAAUUCAGUUAAUAUCCCAAA